GUGUUCUUUCGAUCAGGUUUGUCAUAAAUAGAGAGCAGUUGCUCUUUCGUAUACUGAAUACUUUCUGGACUUGAAAGCUCUAGUGAUCAGGUACAAGGAGUGAAAUACAAAGCUCAGUAUUGAGAAUCAGUGCUGGUUUGACUGGUUGUUGGUCGUAUUUAUAUCUGGUUUUGGACUGGAUCAUCACUUACUGCUUCAAGGAUUGAAUUUUGUCGUGUCUGCGAUCGGAAUUUGAAAGGGGUAGUGUUUAUUGGAUUGAAUUAUGGCUGCCAGGUCGCAAGCAGAUUCUAAACGAAAGUAUUCAUGGUGGUGGGACAGCCACAUCAGCCCAAAAAACUCAAAAUGGCUUCAAGAGAAUCUUACAGGUAUGGAUUUCAAAGUCAAACAAAUGAUCAAACUCCUUGAAGAAGACGCAGAUUCCUUUGCAAGGAGGGCAGAGAUGUACUAUAAGAAACGCCCGGAGCUUAUGAAAUUAGUUGAAGAGUUUUAUAGAGCAUAUCGUGCAUUGGCUGAAAGAUAUGAUCAUGCCACCGGGGCCCUUCGCCAGGCACAUCGAACAAUGGCAGAAGCAUUCCCCAACCAAGUCCCCCUUAUGCUUGGCGAUGAUUCUCCUGCAGGUUCUGCUACUGAUGGUGAUCCCCGUACACCUGAUAUGCCAUCAAUACGUGCACCUUUUGACCCUGAUGAGCUGCAAAAGGAUGCUUUGGGUGUCUCACCAUCUCAUAGGAAUGGAGCUUUUACUGAAGAAUCAGAUUCUGUUCCUGGAAGAAAGGGUUUGAAACAGCUCAAUGAUCUUUUUGGGUCUGGAGAUGGGGUGAACAAUGCUAAAUUUGCAGAAGGGAGGGCAAGAAAAGGCCUCAGUUUCCAUGAUCCAGAGGAGAAAGAGCAAAGUGUGCGGAAUGACAGUAUCCAUGAUCUCAAGGCUCGAAUCCCAUCUCAGUCUGAACGAGUGAGUCAAGCCGAGCUAGAAAUUUUAACUUUAAAGAAUGCGCUCGCUAAACUAGAAGCUGAAAAAGAAGCUGACCUGCUUCGGUAUGAGAAUAGUUUGGAAAGAUUGUCUAAUCUGGAGUCAGAAGUCUCUCGUGCAACAGAGGAUUCCAGGGGACUUAAUGAACGAGCCAGCAAAUCUGAAGCUGAAGUUCUAACUUUGAAGGAAGCCCUUGCCGCGUUAGAGGCUGAAAAGAAAUCUAGCUUUCUUCAAUAUCAGCAUUGUUUGGAAAAAAUAUCUAAUCUGGAGAACAGCAUAUCUCAUGUCCAACAGGAUGCAGGAGAACAAAACAAGCGAGCUGGCAAGGCUGAAAUUGAAGCUCAAUCCCUUAAGCAAGACCUGGCUAGAUUAGAAGCUGAAAAAAAUGUUGUGCUGGUUCAGUACAAACAAUGUUUGGAGAAGAUAUCUGAUCUAGAAGACCAAUUACUGAAUGCACAGGAAGAUGCCAGGAGGUUCAGUGAGCGUGCAGGUGAUGCUGAAAGGGAAAUUGAAACCUUGAAGCAAGCUUUGACCAAGCUAACUGAAGAGAAGGAAGCUGCUGUCACUCAGUACCAGCAGUGCUUAGCAACUAUCGUCAGCCUGGAGCAUAAAAUUACUUGUUUUGAGGAGGAAGCUCGAAGGCUUAACUCAGAGAUAGAUGAUGGGGCUGUGAAGCUAAAGGAUGCUGAAGAGAGGUGUAUUCUGUUGGUAAAAUCAAAUCAGACCAUGCAGUCUGAGUUAGAGUCAUUGGUGCAGAAAGUGGCAGCUCAAAGCGAAGAAGUUACGGAGAAGAAGAAGGAGUUGGGGAGACUUUGGACUUGUGUACAAGAAGAGCGAUUAAGAUUCAUGGAGGCCGAAACUGCUUUUCAAACUCUACAGCAUCUGCACUCUCAAUCUCAGGAAGAACUAAGAUCUAUGGCGGCUCAGCUUCAGAACAGGGCUCAAAUUUUGGACGAACUGGAAGCCCGUAAUCAGAGUUUAAAAGAUGAAGUGGAGCAUGUCAAGGUGGAGAACAAGAGCCUAAGUGAAGUCAACUUAUCUUCAGCUCUGACUAUACAGAAUCUGCAAGAUGAGAUUUCAAGCUUAAGGGAGACCAUAACAAAACUUGAAGCAGAGGUUGAGCUUCGAGUGGACCAAAGAAAUGCCCUUCAGCAAGAAAUUUACUGUCUGAAGGAGGAGUUAAAUGACCUUAACCGGAAGCAUCAGGCAAUCAUGGGGCAGGUGGAAUCAGUUGGUUUCAGCCCAGAGUCCUUUGGGUUGUCUGUAAAGGAUUUGCAAGAUGCCAACAUAAAGCUAAAGGAGGUUUGUGAGCAAGACAGAAGUGAAAAGGUAGCUCUUUUGGAAAAGUUGGAGAUCAUGGACAAACUUAUUGAAAAAAAUGCUCUCCUGGAGAAUUCUUUAUCAGAUUUGAAUGUUGAGCUAGAAGGGGUUAGAGUCAAGGUAAAGGAACUGGAAGAAUCCUGUCAAUCUCUUUUGGGAGAGAAAUCCAUUCUUGUUUCUGAGAAGGCUUUGCUGGCCUCUGAGUUGCAAUUUGUGACUGAUAAUUUGGAGAAACUUACAGAGAAGAACAGCAUUCUGGAGAAUUUCCUCAUUGCUGCAAAUGCUGAACUUGAGGGGCUGAGAGUAAAAUCAAAGAGCUUAGAAGAUUUAUGCCUGCUGCAUGAGAAUGAGAAGUCUGACCUGGCCUCUAUGAAAGGAAGUUUAACUUCUCAGUUGGACAUCACUGAGAAAAGCCUGAAGGAUUUGGAGAAAAAUUAUAAAGAAUUAGAAGAGAAAUAUUCCCUUCUGGAGAAAGAGAGAGAAUCCACACUUCAUGAAGUAGAAGAAUUACAGGUUUCUUUAGAUGCCAAAAAGCAAGAACAUGCUAAUCUAGCCAAGUUGAGUGAGUCCCAAUUGGCUGGUAUGGCAUCACAGAUCUGCUUUCUACAAGAAGAAGGUCAGUGCAGAAAGAAAGAAUAUGAAGAGGAGCUGGACAAAGCUGUGAAUGCGGAGAUUGAGAUCUUUAUCUUGCAGAAAAGUGCACAAGAUCUGGAAGAAAAUAAUUUUUCUCUCUUGCUUGAGCAUCAGAAGCUCCUGGAGGCAUCUAAACUUUCAGAGGAACAGAUCUCUGAUCUGAAACAUGAAAAUUGUGAACAACAAGUAGAGUUGAAAUGCAUCUCUGAUCAAAUUAAAAAUCUGAGAAUGGGACUUUAUCAGGUGUUGAAGGUUCUUGAACUUGAUGCAAGCCAGUGUGAAAAUAAAACGGAGCAAGACCAAAAACUUGUGAACCGUUUACUCAACAAACUUCAAGAAACACAAGAGUUUCUCUUCAAGAUGCAAGAUGAAAAUCAGCAGGUGGUCAUCGAGAACUCUGUUCUUGUUACACUGCUUGGGCAACUGCAACUAGAGGUGGAAAAUCUUGUGAUGACUAAAAAUAUCCUUGAUCAGGAGCUGACGACCAGGUCUGAGCAGUUCUUGGUUUUGAAGAAUGAGAGCCAAAAGCUUUCAGGGAUAAAUGAAGUGAUGAAAUUGAAGUUAAUAGAGGGAGACCACAAAGAGGAGGCUUUGAAGGUUGAACUAAGCAAUCUUCACGGGCAGCUGUCAGACUUGCAAGGUGCUCACCAGAGCCUACAGGAAUUGAACUGCAAGGUUCUUGAUGAGCAGAGGUCCUUGAUGAAAUCAUUUUCUGACCUGCUGAUGGAGAAAUGUAAACUAGAAGAGGAAAACUGCUGCAUUCUUUAUGAAACUGUAUCUCAAAGUACCCUUUCUCUAAUUUUCAGGGAUAUCAUCUGUGAAAAAUCUGUGGAAACAAAAAGCCUUGGUGAAAAUCUAGAUAAACUGUAUCAUGACAACAAUGGUCUCAAUGAGAAGGUGAAGAUAUUGGAGAAGGAGUUAGAUAAGCUCAGUUCCUUAGAGGAUGAGAAGAGAGAGUUAUGUGAAAUGGUGGAGGAUCUUAAGUGCAAGUAUGAUGAGGUCGGGAUGAUGCAAUCAGAUCAAGAAAUGCAGAUCAUCAAACUAUCUGGAGAUUAUGAUCAGAAAAGCAAGGAGGCUGAAAAGUUUUGUGAAGUAAAUCAGAAAUUGGAGUCUGAAAUGAGGAAAUUGCAUGAAGAAUUUCAAGAAGUUAAAGGCAGGGAGGAAAAUUUGAGUAAUGAACUGGUAAAGGGAAGAAAUGAGAUUGAAUUACUAGAGUCUCAGGCUGUUGCAUUGUUCGGUGAACUGCAGAUAUCUGCUGUGCGAGAAGCCUUGUUUGAAGGAAGGAUUCAUGAACUCCUUGAAUUAUGUGAGAGACUUGAAGAUGGAAAUUGCUCAAAACAUGUGGAGAUCAACCAGCUGAAAGAAAGAGUUAGUACUUUGGAAGGCGGAAAUGCAGACCUCAAAGCUCUGAUGGCUGCAUAUUUUCCAGCUUUCCUGUCUUUGAGGGAUUGUGUAACAUCACUGGAGAAGCACACUGUUUCAGAUGUGACAUUUAAUGAGGUUGACAACAAGGAACCAAAGGAUGCUGCAAUGGUGGUGCAUGCCGAAAGCUGUCAACAAAUGAGUGAAGGACAGAGUAGCGUGGUACCACGUGGAACUUUGGACUUCCAGGAAUUGCAAAUGAGGGUUAUAGCUAUUGAGAAGGCAGUCAUUGAGAAGGAGAGACUUGUUAUGGUGGAAAACUUGAGUUCUCAUUCCAAACUCGAUGCUGCAAUGAGGCAGAUUGAGGAGUUGAAAUCUGGAAGCAGCUUGCAUCUAGCAGGUAUUGAAACAAGGAAGUAUGCCAAGCCAAAUCCAGAGCAUGAGGAACUGAGGGCCGUGCUCAGUGAUGAUCUCAGGCAGCAGAAACAAACACAUGAAAUCUCCGAGGAUGGGAGUGAAGUGAUGACAAAAGACAUAAUGCUUGAUCAGAUAUCUGAAUGUUCAUCUUAUAGAAUAAGCAGAAGAGAAACUAUGGAGGCUGAUUAUCAGAUGCUUGAAAUAUGGGAAACUGCUGACCGGAAUGACAGCAAUGACCUGACUGUUGGAAAAACUCAGAAGGUGAUUGCUUCACAGGCGGAGAAAAAACACACCAGGCAGCAUCCCUCCACAGAAUCAAUGAUUGAGAAGGAGGUGGGUGUGGACAAAUUAGAGAUCUCAAAGACAUUAUCGGGGUCUUGUCAAGAAGGAAAUAAGAGGAAAAUUCUAGAAAGACUUGAUUCUGAUGCUCAAAAGUUGACAAAUCUUCAAAUAACAGUUCAAGAUUUGAAGAGUAAGGUGGAGAUUACAGAGAAGAGCAAAAAGGGAAAGGGUAUUGAAUAUGAUAAUGUGAAGGAGCAGCUGGAAGAAUCCGAGGAGGCCAUCAUGGAGUUGUUAGAAGUCAAUCACAAAUUAGUGAAGACUGUUGAAGACGAGCCAUUGUACUUUGAUGAGAAGUCCGCACUAAUUCCAGAUGAGAGUGGCAGUGUCAGGAGAGGAAAAAUUUUAGAGCAGGCAAGAAGAGGAUCAGAGAACAUUGGGCGUUUGCAGUUGGAGGUGCAGAAAUUGCAGUUCCUUUUGCUGAAACUCGACAGCGAAAACAGAAGUAGAGGAAAAACAAAAAUCACAGAGCGAAAAACAAGAGUUUUACUGCGGGACUAUCUGUAUGGUGGAACAAGAACUAGCCAGAAGCAAAAGAAAGGGCGCUUUUGUUCAUGCGUGCAACCUCCAACUAAAGGAGAUUGAGGCCUCCACAUAAACUCACUCGCCGAGGAUUCUUCGACUGCCCAUUGACUGCAAGAACGACCUCACUGCAAUCAACCUUGCAGCCUCAAGCCCGGCAUUGAAAGUGGACAUGGAAGCUGAGAUUCCAUCACUGCUUCAGGAGUCAUGAGCCGUGGAGGAAGAGGAUAGCCUAUCCCCAUCGACAACAUACUCUCUGGUUUCCGCUCCUUGAGAUAAAAAUGCUUGAACUUCCAUGCAAACAUUCUCCAUUCUGACAGAGUUUGAAAACUCCAGAGCACUUUAAUAGUCUUGGCACUGUCAAGCCACCAGGCCACCCUUUCACAAUAUCUAAAAAUCUCAUUUCAUGCACAACAAUACCCUGAAAUGACGUGCUAUAAUUUCUCUCUCGGCCAUACCAUUCAUCCGAGGUUUCCACUGCCGGAAGGAUCGUGAUGACAUGCGCUGCAUCAAUUGCUCCACAACAAUUAAGAAAGCCCAACAAAGUAUCGAA